AUGCCGAAUAUCAUUGGCCGCUUCUCUUUGUGCGCCGGCUUCGACGGCGUUUGUCCAUGGAAGCAGGCGUUCGGGCUUAACCUGGACUUGGAGUCUGGUCGGCAGUGUCCACUGUGCGGCGCAGAGUCCCUGCGAGCAGCUCUCGAAUCCCGCGGUGGACAGGACCUGACAGGCGGACUACUGCGAUUGAAGAACACGGACCAGGCUGCAUACCAGUUGGCAUUGCGCCGUCUUGACCGGUUCCACGGCGCCGACCUCAUGAACACGUACCAGUCUCGAGUCGAGCGAGCAGAAGCUCGUCAGCGUGUGGCGGUCCUGCGUCGUCCGGCAGCCAAUGCUGGCGAGGGCCGCCCUGAUGGUCUUCCCAAUGAUCAGCAGGCUGCAAACGGCUCCUGA